AUGAAAGCUGCAAUACCAACGUCCAAUCUUCAACAACGACCGCCAGCACCAGCUGCUUUAGGACGAGCUACGACUCAUAGAGAUGUUAAUGUGGCGGAAGCUCCAGCCGGAGCUGUCGGCAAGGAAGAUAACCGUGGCGCAGUGCGUGGAAAACGAGUUAUAACUGAAAUUGUACAUUCUCGACCACAAGGCCUUGCUACAAAGUCGGGCCAAACCGGAGCUAAAGUUCCUGUUCAAGCAAACUAUUUCCGAAUACUUAAGAAACCAAAAUGGUCCAUUCAUCAAUAUCGUGUCGAUUUCAGACCAGAUGUGGACAUGGUUCGUUUGAGACGUGCCUACUUAGGUAGUCACAAAGAACUCUUUGGUGGCUACAUAUUCGAUGGAACUGUUCUAUUUUGCACAAACUACUUUAUUGAUCCAUCUGAAAAUGGACAAAAAGAACUCUUGACUAAAAAUCGCGAGGGUGAAACCAUUCAAAUCAAAUUAAAACAUGUUGGCAUUGUCGAUGUUACGGACGUCCAACUGUUACAAGUACUCAACUUGAUUUUGCGUCGAUCUAUGGAAGGUUUGAAAUUGCAGUUGGUAGGACGAAAUUUCUUUGAUCCAGGUGCCAAGAUAAAUAUGGACAGUUAUCGUAUGGAAAUUUGGCCCGGAUAUCUAACGUCUAUACGCCAACACGAGCAGGAUAUAUUGUUGUGCUGUGAAAUAACGCAUAAGGUAAUGCGCACAGCCACUGUUUACAGUAUUUUGACUGAUUGUCUAAGAGAUAGCGCAGAUUAUCAAACGUCAUUUAAGCAACAAGUGGUUGGUACUGUUGUUCUCACUGACUACAAUAACAAAACGUAUCGCAUAGAUGAUGUUGAUUUUCAAUCCUCGCCCAUGUCUAAGUUUUCCACCAAAGAUGGAGAAAUUUCCUACAUGCAAUACUAUAAACAGCGUUAUAAUAUACAAAUACGAGACCAGAAACAACCAAUGCUUGUAUCACGUCCGACAGAAAGAAAUAUUCGCGGUGGUCAAGAUGAAUUUAUUAUGCUCAUACCAGAAAUAUGUCGUGCUACUGGUAUAACAGAUGCAAUGCGAAGCGAUUUCAGGUUAAUGAGAGCCAUGAGCGAACACACACGUCUAAACCCAAAUCGACGUAUUGAUCGCUUGCGAGCUUUCAAUACGCGUCUCCAGAACUCCAAGGAAAGCAUGGAUGUGCUGGCGUCGUGGAAUAUGCAACUAGACAAACAUUUGGUUGAAAUUCCUGGACGUAUUUUACCACCCGAAAGGAUUGUUUUCGGAAACCAGAGGAAGUAUGUUUGCGACCAAAACGCCGAUUGGACAAGAGAAUUUAGAAAUACAACAAUGUUUUCUCAUGUCGACAUUAAGCGUUGGUAUGUCAUCGUUGCACGCCGUAAUUUACGUGAAGUUCAAGAAUUCGUUAAGCUGUGCAUUCGUGCUGCUGGAUCAAUGAAAAUGCAUAUCUCCGAACCUAGAUAUGACGAGAUGCCGGAUGAUCGAAAUGGCUCAUAUUCAACUGCAAUAGACCGAACGACAUCCCAAGAUCCUCAAAUAUUGAUGUUAGUUCUACCAAACAAUAAUGAAGAAAAGUAUGCUUGCAUAAAGAAGAAAUGCUGCGUGGACAGACCAGUGCCUUCCCAAGUCGUCACCCUAAGAACAAUCGCCCCACGUGGCGAUAAAGCAUCUGGGUUGAUGUCGAUUGCUACCAAAGUGGUUAUUCAAAUGAAUGCAAAAUUAAUGGGUGCUCCAUGGAUGAUAGAUAUGCCUUUAAGCGGAUUGAUGACGGUGGGAUUUGAUGUAUGCCAUUCUGCCAAAGAAAAAAAUAAGUCAUAUGGUGCUCUAGUUGCUACUAUGGAUAUGAGAGUAUCAACAAAGUAUUAUUCAGCUGUCACCCAACACCUAAAGGGGCAGGAAUUAUCGAACGAAAUAUCAUUGAACAUGACGUGUGCCUUGAAAUCAUAUCGUGCUGUUCAUGGAACAUUGCCAGAUCGUAUUCUUUUCUAUCGAGACGGUGUAGGAGAUGGACAGUUACAUCAAGUUUUUAAUACUGAAGUACAAUUCCUUAAAAAGAAAUUGGACGAAAUUUACAAAUCUGCCGGCAAAGAAGAUGGAUGUCGUCUAGCUUUUGUCGUUGUAUCUAAACGAAUAAAUACUCGUUACUUCGUCAAUGGCAGAAAUCCUGAUCCAGGCACGGUCGUCGAUGAUGUUAUUACUCUUCCCGAACGAUACGACUUCUUCCUCGUUUCACAAUCUGUCCGCCAAGGAACAGUAUCGCCAACAAGCUACAAUGUAAUUCACGAUAAUAUGGGCCUUAGUGCAGAUAAAAUGCAAAUAUUGACUUAUAAAAUGACGCAUUUGUAUUACAAUUGGUCAGGCACACUGCGAGUACCUGCAGUUUGUCAGUAUGCACACAAAUUGGCAUUCCUUGUGGCCGAGAGUAUUCACCGUGCUCCUAGUAAUGGCUUGGAAAAUCAGUUGUAUUUCCUAUAAAU